UUGAUUCCCAUUCCCCCUUGAGCUACACUUUAGAAGAGGUUCGACUAGAAAUGCACAAGCAGAGCUCCACCAGCGUUUCGGCCAUGGAUCAGGAUGAAGCUGACUCUGGUGACAGGAAUAUUUGCCGAAAUAAAGUUCCCAAGAAAUGGAGAAGUUUCCCCUCCAAAGAGAACUCCUCUAGGAAGUGUUACAGUCGCUCUGACCUAUCCGAAGAAGCGUUUAUCGAGGACCAGCAUUCUUCAGGCCCCAGUUACUUCAUGAACGCAAAGGGGAUUUCCUCUCAAAGAACCAAUACUCAUAGUAAGCAUUCGAAAGAAGAACACUGUUUGGAGGGAGAGCUCGAGCACAUUCCCAAGGAUACAGAAUACCAUUCAAGUGAUCAGAACGAGAGACAGUCCCUGACCCAGCCAAGUCCAGAAUCGACUGACCGCUCCAAGAGCUUUAGCCAGAUCUAUAGCGAAAUCUUCGAGGAGUCUAAGGAACGGCAACAAAAGGCAGAGUGGGCUUGUCGGGCCUUCAAAAUUAGCCAAUCUAAACUGCACAGGACUCUUGAGGGAUCUAGGUCUAGAGGACCGGCAAGUUCAAACUGCGACGGCGACAGCAGUCUGGAAUCUGAGUACUCCAGUAAUGUGGAAGGGAUAUCCUAUGAACUUGACUACCUAUCUAUAGGCAAGUCCGAUAUAAAGAAAUCCUCAACUAGCGACAAGAGCUCUUUUAAAGCAUCGAAAGAGCCAUUGAAGCAAGGAGUAAAUCAAACAAAAGACUUUAGAUUAAAACGUUCCCAAAUACCUUUGAAUAAGACAGAACUAAGAGGACGAAGCAGUUUUAAGGGAAGGCAAGAGCCUAGGAGUUCCUACUUGUAUCGAUCGAAAAAUAAAUGUUGCGAAGAUUCCUUGGCAUAUAUAGAGAGGUCAUGCGUAUGUGCACAAGAGACUUCGGUUUGUAGUCUUUGCUCUGGUUAUUCCAGAUCAAUAAAAUAUCGCUAUGAGGGACACAGCACGGAGUUGACUGAUGAACGCGAUUACCCUGCAGACCGCAGAAGUGAAGUCCCAACAACUGCGACAUCACAAUCUCGCUCGCGAGGAGAUUAUCUUUCGAGCUGCAGCACACGCCAUCGUCAUCAUCAUCAUUAUCGUCGCCAGAGAAGUGUGCCCAAGACGUAUCAAGAUCGUGCAAAUAGUCCCAUUAAUAUCAAGACGAGGCGCAAAACGCACGACAUCGAAGUUGGCACCGACCAAGUGAGGGAGGGUUUGCUUGGCAGAUCAAGUGCCUCUGUCGGGGUGCAAUAUCCCAGUGAAGAUGAGACCGAGGACUGGAAUGGCGAAAGGCCUGGUAGUUCUCUAAAUACGGAGCGUGGUGACCCAAAUGAGUCGGAAAUUCAUGAAGAUACUUGGUUGAGCGAUAACGAAGAGAAAGGAUCAAGCCUCAAUAAGCUUCCCAGUGGGUAUGAUGAAAGUCUAAUGGUGGAAGGGGAAUCAGAUGUUCACAACACCGACCUAGCCGAUGAUUACCGUAGUGCUACCAUAGGAGACGCAGUUCAAGUUCCAUACGAUCUUGAUGAAUAUUCUACCUUUGAGGAACUAAGUUAUGCAGUUAGUGUUAAAUACCCGAAAAAAGGCGAAGAAUAUAUUGGUGAAAGUAGCAACGACGAUGGAAGCGAAUACCUUUCCGAUGACUAUGAUGACACGGCCAACAGAAAGGAAGGCUGCGCUGAACAUCAACACGGCCAACCCGCGGACAAUAGCUAUUUAGAAGACGAUCAAAAAUUGAGCAAUGAAGAUGGGAAUGAUGAACCUUCAUGUAAAGUUGCUAAAUCGAAAAGCUUUCUCAGCCUGAAGAUAUACGACGCCGAUGAGGCCCUGUUGGAGGUUCCAAAGGACUUUGAAGGUCCUGCGAUAUUUCUGGAUGACGAUGCCGACUUCUUGGACAUCACGUUGACCGAUGAUGAGGAGAAGAUCCGUGCUAAGUUGAUGGCAGCAGCGUUGACUACCAAGAAGAGUACGCCUUCCUUGAGUGCCGAAAGAAGUCUGCAGACCCGCAGGUCUACUGAGCCUAGCGUAUUGAGCUACAAGCCCAGUGUGAUCUUCACCCGCCGAUCGGAGGUGGUCGAUGACUGCUAUGUUCCCAAGCGAAACGAUCGCGUAGCUCUUCUGGCCGAGAAAUUAUUAAACAGCUUGAGCGAAUCCCCCCCUGGGGAAAGGGGCAGGCAACCGCCGGCUGAUGAGCGGGCUUUUGCAGACUUCAAGUCUCAAGCCUUGGAAGAGAGGGAGCCGCCCAGAAAAAGGUUUGAGCUGCCUCUUUGCACGGAUCGUCAGUUGCUGUCAGAGGAGUUCAACAGAAGGGUGAAGCGUCAACUCAAAGUAAUUGGGGACAAUUUUCGAUAAAUUGUAUGGGAGCAUAUAUAUUUUGUAUUUCCAAUUUCGAAUUCAGUUACGUCGAAUAUAACACGAAGCUUGUUCACAGCA